AUUCUCCGUGAUGUUACUCUUUUGACUUGAUAGACUAAACCAGCACUAGGUGAAGUGUCAUAGAUAAGACCACAUGUUAAAACAUAAGGUGUUAACCACAUGUGUUUCAGAGUGUGAGAAACCCAGUGCUGUUUCAACCUGGUCAUUUUAGUGCUGGCAAAAAAGGUGUUGCUCUGAUGUCAGUCAGAAUGGCUCCUCCUCUUCCUCUGAUCUUUCUGCUCAUGAUUCACGGGGUUUCUAGUGCUGAUUGGGGUGUGAGUUACAGUCCUUCACACAUCUGUGCACUAAAGGACUCAUCAGUGAUAAUGAGAUGCACUUAUACAUACCCUACUGGAUAUCAGAUCAUGAGAGUGUUCUGGACCACACAAGUUAGAAAUACAGAACAUCCAGAUCUGUCUGAGGACCCUGAAUACAGUCAGAGGCUUCAGUAUCUGGGAGAUAAACAGCAGAACUGCACCAUCAGACUGAGUCAUGUGACACUGAAGGAUGAACACGAGUACUAUUUCAGAUUCAUCACUGAUAAACCUGAUGGAAGAUAUACUGGUAAACCAGGAGUGACUCUUACUGUCACAGAUCUUCAGGUGGAGUCUCCUGAGAGAGUGACAGAGGGAGAUUCAGUCCGUCUGACAUGUAAAAGCAGCUGUAAUCUGACUGACAGAGCAACAUUCAUCUGGUACAGAGACUCACAGCCAUUAACUGAGAGAAGAGACAGAAACAAUGAACUCCUGCUGCAGUCAGUCAGAAGAGAGGAUGCAGGCAGAUAUAGCUGUGCUGUACACGGACACAAUCACACCUCUCCUGCUGUUGAGCUCAAUGUCAUGUACCCUCCAAAGAGCGUCUCAGUGUCCAUCAGUCCAUCUGGUGAAAUAGUGUCAGGAGAUUCAGUGACUCUGAACUGCAGCAGUGAUUCAAACCCUCCUGCAGAAAUCAGCUGGUUUAAAGGAGGAACGUUUGUAGGAUCUGGAAGAAUCUACAACAUCUCAAAGAUCAGCUCUGAUGACAGUGGAGAAUACAAGUGCAGAUCCAUCAAUGAACAUGGAGAGAAAUACUCUGAGGCUGUGACCUUAAACGUCAUGUAUCCUCCCAGGAACGUCUCAGUGUUGAUAACUGGAUCUGGUGAAAUAGUGCCAGGAGAUUCAGUGACUCUGAUCUGCAGCAGUGAUUCAAACCCUCCUGCUCUGAACUUCAGAUGGUUUAAGGAGAAUGAAAGCUCAGCUGUUGGAUCUGGACAGAGUUUCAGUGCACUACAGAGUGGACGCUUCUACUGUCAGGCUCACAAUCAACAUGGAUCUCAGAGAUCAGACGCUGUAACUCUCAAUGUCAUGUACCCUCCAAAGAACGUCUCAGUGUCCAUCAGUCCAUCUGGUGAAAUAGUGUCACGAGAUUCAGUAACUCUGAACUGCAGCAGUGAUUCAAACCCUCCUGCUCUGAACUUCAGCUGGUUUAAAGGAGGAACGUUUGUAGGAUCUGGAAGAAUCUACAACAUCUCAAGGAUCAGCUCUGAUGACAGUGGAGAAUACAAGUGCAGAUCCAGAAAUAAACAUGGAGAGAAAGACUCUGAUACUGUGACUUUAAAUGUCAUGUAUCCUCCCAGGAACGUCUCAGUGUUGAUAAAUGGAUCUGGUGAAAUAGUGUCAGGAGAUUCAGUGACUCUGAUCUGCAGCAGUGAUUCAAACCCUCCUGCUCUGAACUUCAGCUGGUUUAAGGAGAAUGAAAGCUCAGCUGUUGGAUCUGGACAAAGUUUCAGUGCACUACAGAGUGGACGCUUCUACUGUCAGGCUCACAAUCAACAUGGAUCUCAGAGAUCAGACGCUGUAACUGUCACAGUUCAUCAUGAUGCUGGUAGGAAUGUGAUUGUGAUCGCAGCGACAUCUGGAGGAUUAUUCAUCAUCAUCAUCAUCAUCAUCAUCAUCAUCAUCCUCUUAAUAAUGAGGAAACGAAGGAGUGAUAAAACUGAAGAUCUCACAGUGACACAGAAUGAUCUCUAUUCUGACGCGUCACAGAGAGUUUCAGUCCUUGACGAGCCUCUUUCUGAACCGGAUUCAGCCAAUGAUGCUCCGUAUGCCAGUGUGAAUCCAAAGAGAUUCAGAGGAAAAACUCCUGAAUCCAGAGAUACUGAGGAGAUCCAGUACGCAACUGUCCAACAUCACGGAAAGAAAGAGAUGGAGAGAGCAGAGGAGAAUAAAUGUCAGUAUGAUGAUAUAAGAGUUUAUCAGACUGAUGCUGCCGUGAGGCGAUCAGCUGUUGAAACUGUGGAAGACGCAUCAGUGAUCUACAGCAGCGUCAAAUGAGUGACAGACCGUCAUGAAGCCUGUGUUCAGACAUCAAUCUGGACUGCUGGGAAAUGGAGGAUUGGAUAGUUGUGCAAUAAUUUACCCAUCUGUUUGAACCACAACCAAUACAAACAGGUUCAACACAUUAAAGGCCUGUUUACACCUGGUAACUUCAUACGUUUUCUCUGAUCAGAUAGCUAUCCGAUCGUGAAUAGACCAGGAGUAAAUGCCUCCGAAACGCAUUUGAGACAGAUUUAAAUCUGAAAUCUGAAGUAUAAAUGCAUCUGGUUGUUGAAACCAUAUAUGUAAAUUUUACUCUUCCCAAAAUAGCUAAAAAAUAGACGUGUGAGAGUGUGUGAUAGGCUAAAUAUCAUGUCAGAUAUGACAGCGUUACUGCAUCGCCACAGAUGAGCAGCUGAGGAUCUCUUCAGCAGGCCGACACGCAGACUGCCGCAAAUGAAACUGAAAGUUAGUCGCAGACGCUCAACACACAAUCAUCUUCAUUAAAGGUAAUAAAACUAAAUGAUCUUACCAGUGCUGUUGCCGCGCUCUCUGCUAUUGCAGUCUUUGAUUUUGAAACUAGCUGAUAAUAAAAUGCAGCUCAUACAUGUUGCUUUCAGUGACGUGAACUCCUUUAAAUUAAAGAUUGGAUUUAUAUCCAUUUUGUGGAGACAUAUUUAUGUGGCCAAAUGUGAAUGGAGUCGUUUUGAUAAAUCAGAUAGCUAUCUGAUCAGAGGAAACGCAUUGUGACCAGGUGGAAACAGGCCUUAAGACUCAUUUGUUCUCUGUGACCCUUUGUGAGAGAAUCGUGUGCUGUGAUGUCUGUUUUUUGAUUUGUGUAAUGUUUGUAUGUGUUUGUGUUUAUUUAUUUUAUUUUUUAAAUGUUCUCUCUUUUUAAAUAUAAUCUUUAAGUAUUAAUAUAAAGUUAUUUGAAUUGCUUUAUAGUUUUUCUUUUUUGUUUGUUUUAUUCAGAGAGAACAAUAAAAUCAAAAUCUGAAAAAUGUUGUUCACAUCACUCACCUAAGGUUGAGCCAAUAAAUAUCACUUAUACUAUGAAUUAAAAUGUCAGUUUGUAACUUUUUAUGACAAUAUCACAUUUAUUUUAGUUACAUAAAGGAUGUUUUGACAUGAGCUACCAACAAUAGUCCAGUGAUAUCUGUACUUCUUAUCAGUAUUAAAUGCAUUUCUAUAACUAAUGUGUGCAAAUUAUAUGGAUUGAUGUAUGAUAUGAUGUAUGUGCACAUUAAGAACAAAUACUUUCAAUAUCAAAGCAACAUUUUAAUAUGCAACUAAAUGCAUAUUUAUUGAUUUAUGUAAUCAUCCUAAGGUGUGAUAACAUCUUUUUUCUUUAUUAUAUAUGAUCUGCCACCAAACACUCUCACAGAAGUCAACUGAGUCUGUUGAGUUGCUUUCACACUUGAAUACACCUGUAUCAAUUAAAGGGGUUUUACAUUAAUAUAUAACAUUAUUAUUCAGGUACCUGAUAUUUUACAGCCUGCUCCUACACAUGAAGUCAUUGACAUUACAUUGAAGUAUGAGCUAUUUCUCCAAUUCAGUACAGAAAAAAAUAAAUAAAUAAAUAAAAAAAUCCAAAUGAGUGAACACAUACAGUGUGUUCAAACGGAAAAAAAAACGGAAAAGUUUUUCCUUUGCUUUUGACAACACUGCCAAAAUGAUCCCAAUCCAGAAGGAUCCACAUGAUUCUAUUACUAAAAAUGCUGUAUUCUGAUGCCAGGCCAGUAGAUGGCAAUAUCACUUUGUAAAGAAACACCUCUGCCUGUAGACUGAACAUGUAAUACACAUGCGCAUGACAUCACGGUUUCCACAAAGUCAAAUUUUUUGUUGUUUACAUAUAUACAAUAAUGGUAUCUUUUUCAAAAACUUGCACAUUGAAACCGUUUUCAAAUGCUUGUUUUCAGUCCGCCAGUUGUACCAUGAAGCAUGAUUAGCUGGCUAACCUGGUAAGAUUCAGAUUAGUUUGCGCCAAUCCUGGGUUUUAGGUACCAUGAAAGUGUUCAUCGCCAUAGAUUCAAGAUUCAAGAUUACUUUAUUGGUCCCUAAGGAAUUUUGUCUUGGACAAAAGGCUGCCACAUAAAAACAUACAAUUAUACUACAAUAACAAACACAAAAACAAUACAGACACUACUACUCAAUUCACACUGCCUUACAUCCUGAAUUUAGAAGAUUCACUGAUAAAGGAAUGAAACUUACGCUCCACGGCUAACCUGCUCCAGGGCAGGUUUUGUUCUGGGUAAGAGAUCUCAAACCAAAAUUGGACCAAUCAGAUGUG